UUCCUCAAGAGCCAAAAAAUCAAAUUUUACGAAGCAUUUGUGAUCAUGUUGAUAAAUACUACCCAGAAACUGUGGGAAGGGAACAUUUAACCAACCUACAAUGACUUGAAAUUGGCCUCAGAGGAAAGUUUCGUCUGAUUGGUCGAGUGUUGGCCUUGAAUAGAAGAAUGUUACGUCGGGGACAAAUUUUCCGCUUCAGGUCCUAUACGAUAAAAUGAUUUUCGUAGAAUCCGCUCGUAGUGCUCGAACUCCCACUACUGGUAGUUAUUACCCCUGCUGUUCGAUUUUAUCUGUUCGUAUGACAGUUACAACGUUGGAUUCCAGCCAGAUGAAUAGUCGCUGCUACUCAAUCGGGCCCCGCGGGGCUUUCUGGGCUGGGUUUGUACACUUCAUGUCUUCUACAUGGCAAAAUAUCUAUAAAUACGAGCCCAGCGAUAUUCUAACCUACUUCUCGGUAUCUACUUCUCGGUAUCUACUUCCAUUCCUCAAAGAUCGUCCUGGCGGUGUAUAGUCAACCUGUGCUUUGAAGGGCCAUAAAUAUGAAAGCUACUAUCUACACAGGCGACAGGAAGGUGUCAGUCGAAGACCGUCCAAAACCAGUCAUUUUGGAACCCACCGACGCUAUCGUGAAGGUCUUACAUACCACAAUAUGCGGGACAGACCUCCACAUUCUCCAAGGUCACGUCCCGUCAUGCACCCCAGGCCGCAUUCUCGGUCAUGAAGGAGUCGGAAUUAUUGAAUCCCUCGGUGUCGCUGUUAGGAACUUCACCGUUGGCCAGAAGGUUCUCAUUUCAUGCAUCACAUCUUGCGGGACUUGUCAUUACUGCCGUAGGAAGAUGCCGUCUCAAUGUGAAUCCGGCGGUUGGAUUCUUGGAAAUACAAUUGAUGGCACACAGGCUGAGUAUGUCCGCAUUCCUCAUGCCUUGUUCUCGCUACAUGAGCUGCCAGAGAGCAUCGACUUGAAAGUCGCUGUUACUCUAUCAGAUACUGUACCAACUUCUUAUGAAUGUGGUGUCCUGAAUGGUGAUAUUCAACCUGGGUCGACUGUCGCGAUCAUAGGAACUGGCCCGAUUGGAUUGAUGACCCUCCAAAUGACGAGAAAUCUGUUCGGUCCAUCGAUGACGGUAAUGGUGGGAAGGGGUAAUCCGAGGCUUGAGAUGGCCAAGUCCAUGGGCGCGGACCAUACACUCAGUGUUCUUGACGGACAGGAUGAUGUGAUUGCUUCUGCUCUAGCGGUGACCAAGGACCGAGGGUUCGAUGUGGUUAUCGAAGCCGUGGGUACCGUCGAAUCUUUCGAGAUUGCGCAAGCUCUGAUAGGCGCUGGUGGGACUAUCGCCAGCCUGGGUGUCUUUGGUGAAUCGUGCGAGCUUCACCUGGAAAAGCUGUGGAAUCGCAAUAUCUGUUUAAGAACUCGACUCAUUGAUGCUGUUAGUACACCCGAUUUGCUCAAGAUGGUGGAGUUGGGUAGCAUUGAUCCUCAUUUUCUGGUCUCACACAAUUUCGCAUUUGAUGAAAUCCACGACGCCUACAAGGCGUUUGAGUUAUCUUCCAAAUGUGGCGCCUUGAAGGUGAUAAUCACCAUGCCCAGGCUUCUUACGAAUGGUUCUUCAUAGUUUCCUUUUUGAUGCUCAUUAUCUUAUUGUAAGAAUGAACUCAAUUACUUGCAUGUUCCAGAAUAUCCAUUAAGUAAAUUACACUUCUCCCAGUCUAAUGCAUAAAUACGAGUGUCAAAAAUCAUACGGAAAAUUAUUAUAAUGACCUAAACUUGGAAGAUAAUUUACUCUCAUAGAUUUUAGAUUAUAUAAUAGAUUCUAUAUCAGAAUCUAUACUGAACGGAGGGUAGAUUCUAUAGGAAGGAUGUACAUUCUAUCGGAAGACUGUAGAUUCCAGUUAUUUUAGAGUU